AUGUCAGACCCCCCCAACAACACCCAAACCACGUUUAGUGGCGGCGACCCUCCUGCCGACAAUAAUUAUACCGACAAUAAUAAUGAACAGACUAAUAUUAAUGAUAUGCAAAAAAUUAUUGCUGUUGAACUGAAGGAGAAAGAAAGUUCUCAUUCCAGAGGACCUCAUUCUCAUGAAGCUCAUCACAUCAAACCCUCGACAAAAAUCCAAAAAAAUAAUGAAAAACCAGACUCCCAUAAAAAAAUUGAAACUAUCCACAAAAAGCUUGAAUCGAAUGAUAAGCAUAACGCUUCUUCAAACCACGAAACCCCCGUUGAAACCCCUAUUGUGAAUGUUGGUCCAACCUUGAACCCUACCUUUGACUCUUCACCAGAUGGUGGUGAUGUUGAAAUUGACGCAACACCAUCACGUGACAUGGAUGUUCUCAUGCCGGAUGCAAAUCCAUUUGGUGAUAAUUCUGAAGCCUGGGAAUACAUCUUAAAACUUAAGGAUGUAUUUCUGGUUGAAUUGUCUAUUGUUAAAGAAGACUUGAGUAUUACAAUUGAAGAUUGGGAAAUAAAAUUUCAAAAUCUUGAACUUAAAAACAAUGAGUUAGCUAAACAACUCAUUGCUUUGACCGAAAAGCUUAAAGCUUCAGAAGGACAAGUGAAUUCUCUUCGCUCAGAACUUGAUGUUUUGAGAAACAAUCAGGUUCACACAGAAGUUAAACAUGUGAUGUUUGAAAAACUCAAAAAGGAAGUUAAGGAUAAUAAGGAUCAUUGCGAUAAAGUGAAACAUAAAGCUGAUGAAAUAGCUAAGAUGACUCUUCAAGAUUUGUCUCAAGAAAAAGCAAGAAACAAAAGAAUUAUCGACACUGAAAUCAAGGAAUUCAAAGAAAUGACCAACAAUCUUGAAAAAAGAGUUGAUAAUAUGGAAUACAAAGUUGGAACUAUUUCAACUAAGGCUGAUUUAACUACCAAAGAACUUAGCUACGCAAAAAAAGAAAUCAAGAGCGCGGUAAGAAAAGUCGACACUUUGCCUUUUGCUUUGACCCCUAAAACGCCAAAUGGAGCAACUCCAAAGUUGAAAGACAUUAUGAAGGCUCAAAAACAACACCGUGAAACUAAAGUUGAUGACGAUAAACCCACUUUUAGAGUGUGCAUAAGAAUUCCAGAUACCAUGAAAAGAGUUAAUAUCCCUGCGAUUGGAAAGAAAAUUGAUGCGGUUGCACAAAAGUCGGUGGCUCAGGAAAUAGGCUAUACUGUCAAAGGGCAUUUAUAUGUUCAACUUAAUGACAAAGAUUUUGCUGAUAAAGCUGCACAAUGGAUCCCCAAAGUUGACCCUACUUAUUCAGUGCUUGACACAGAUUCUUGGUACAAGGCUGUACUUCAGGAAAUACCUAAUACGGCAUCGAUUGAAGACUUGAAAGAAACUCUCUACAAUUUUAAUGAUUACCAUAUUGUUUUGAAUACCGAACCCAAAAUCAUUAGCAGAAACCAAUUUACCCAAACAGCAUUGGUUUCAUUCAGAAAUGCCCAAGACUAUGCAAAGUUGUUGGAAUAUAUGUCAUGCUUUCAGCUUAUCAAUCGUAUUUACUUAUUAACUCUUGCUUUUAGCUUUCAGCUUAUCAAUCGUAUUUACUUAUUAACUCUUGCUUUUAGCUUUCAGCUUAUCAAUCUCUUCUCCGCUAUGUCUAAUCACGGAAACACUACAGGAGUCAAUGAAGGACCCUCAUCCUUCGAGUCAGCCAGCACUGGAAGUUCUGUUGCCCACUCAACAUCUGAGACCCAUUCAAAGAACAACGCCAGCUCUUAUGAGACAUUCGCCGAUCUCCCUGUUCAUCGUCAAAUUGAUCUCGCUGACCGUUCUGGAUUUACCGUUAGACAAUUAACCAUUGCCAACGUGCCAGUUUGUUCCGAAGGAUGUGAAGCUGAAUUAAAAGUCUUAGCAGACUUGACAGCUUACAUUAGAAACUCAAACUUCAAAGCUAGUCCUCCCCCAUCUCAAAAGGUUAUGAGCUCCUUUGACGCUUCUCAAGCGCCAAAUUUCAAACAAUUUCUCUACAAAAGUGAAUUGGAUUUUUGGAUAUACGGUCUUAUUGGGCAAAUUAACAGCUGCGGCCGGAGUUUUUGGAACAACUAUAUCUAUAAGCCAAUUGUUGGCCAUACUGCCCUUCAGCUUGGUUACGGUAUCAGGUUUGAGAGGGCCCUUGAUGAACUACUCAAGGUUUACAUUUUAAAAACCACGCCUGCAGCUAACCUGGCUGCAGCUGAACAGGCCCGGUGGGACACGUCGCCCGAGUUUCUAAAAACUCCACCUAUGGAUUCGGCGUCUGUGCGGGAAGAAGCCAUGGGGGUCCUAUUUGAACCAGGAAAAAGAAUGGCCCGUAUAGAUCCCGAAAUCCUAGAGCCCGCCGACCUGGGGCGAGUGCUCUCAUUUUACCAACGUCUUAAUCAUAUUGGUUUGCGCAUAUCCCCAAGCCCUGAGCUUAACAUUGUAUUUGCGAUGACGCAAGCUAUCUCAGUAGGAGUUCCAGGUCCUAGUUAUUUCUCCGGGCUCACCAGCAGUGAAAUUGAAACCAAAAUACAAGCUACUGUUACUGAAGCUUCCAAGUGGGCCUCUGUAGUGGAGCAAUAUUUCUUUAACAACCCGGAUGGCACCUUUCACCGUGACCUUAUCUUAGCAGUACUGAAUAACAACAAGGUUUCAGCAGCUGCUCGCGAAGAUCCUCAGAGUCAUCUCUGGGGGAUUACCAAGUUUGUCGACAUUUUCAAGUCAAGAUCUGGAGGAUGGAGCCCCUUGGUGCCAAAGCAGGAACCCAAGCAAGAACCCAAGCAGGAAUCCAAGCAGGAAACCUCGAAGAAAGCUGGCCACUCUGAUACCAAGCAAGGAAAAAAAGGGAAGCAGUGGUCCAAGGGGUCCGGUAGCAACAAGAGGCGCAACAAUGAAGACAAGCAAGCUAGAAAGUCGAACUCUGAUGGUCAAAACAGAGUUGCUGCCUUGAAAGCUACCGAAUAUCUUGAGGUGGCUCGCGACGAUGUUGAAACUCUUUGCUCUGUUGCUCGGGCUAUCCAAGACGUAUUUGAUAAUGACGGCGGAAGCAGUGAUUAUUCGCCAGUUGCUUUUCUUCCACCUGCCAACCAAAUCGCCUCUGUGGGUGAAACAAAUCUUCCAAAUGUUCUUGAUUCUGGAAAUGCUACUGGUCAUCUUAUCUCAGACAACAGCUACUUUGUGUCGUAUGAGAAAUACAGCAGCCCCAAAACCAUCAGCUCCUAUGGUGGUUCCGACAUCGUGUUAGAAGGGGAAGGUAAAAUUGCUGUUGUAUUAAAAGGUGACGGUGGCACCAAUAUUUGCCAUAUUGCUGACGCACUUUAUUUUCCUGCUGGGUCUAGCAAUUUGUUUUCUGAUUCUGUCUGGCGCACGCACGAUGUUUCUUUUCAUACGGUCCCAAGUGGGGACUGUCUGGCCUAUUUUGGUGAGGAAAAGGUUGGUAGGGUUGGUGGUGCCAGAGAUGCCAAGUCUCACAUUUGUGCCAACAUUGUUCCGGUAAAGUUUACUAGGAAUAUCCUCGCUGUUGGAAAGGGACUUCCUGUCCUCUCACCGUCUCUCAAAUUUAUUGCAAAGGAGGCCGUGUUGAAUUCGCAGGCACUUGACUGUCAUGUUCGGUUUGCUCAUUGCUCUUUGACUUCGGUGAAGCAUUUAGCCAAGCUUGCUGAUCCUCCCUUUGAGGUGACCAAGCGUGACGAAGAGUUGAUCAAGGACUGUGUCAUAUGUGGCACGUCAAGAAGCAUUAAGCGGUUCACUUCUCCGGAUAAGCAUAUAGCUUCUGAAUCCACGGCUCCGUUAGCCCAGAUUCAUGCUGAUCUCGUCGGUCCCAUAGGUCCUGCCUCUUCAGGGGCCAGGUACAUGCUGAAUAUCAUUGAUGCAUUUUCUAGUUACAUCUAUGCUUUUGCUCUGGAAUCUAAGGAUGAAGCUCCUGGGAAACUUAUCCAGUUCUUUAAGCAGUUUGUGCCCAAAGCUGCUCGCCGUGCUGCUGACGGCAAGGCCACCAAGCUUAUUACUGACAAUGGUGGUGAAUUUAUCUCUGGCACACUUGGAAAAUUUUUAGCAGACUGGGGCGUCAUUCAUAUUUUAACUGCUCCUGAUGAACACCAACAAAAUGGAAAAAUUGAGCGUGCCCACCGCACACUUCGUGAGAUAUCUACUAGAGCCUUGAUGCAGUCGACACUCUGGGCCAAUAUCUACUGGGACUCUGCCUGGCUCUACGCUGUGCAGGUAUAUAAUUUCUCCAUAGUUAAUAAAGCCGGUAUAUCACCUUAUGAAGCCUUUACGGGCAGAAAACCACCUAUAGCACUAGUGCACACAUUUGGCUGCCUAGUUUUUGUCAUUAAAUCUGAGUCUCAGAAACUCAAAGGGACCCUUCAGCCUCGGGGCGAGCCUGCUCUGUAUUUGGGUCCCGACCCGUUAAAUCCUAAGAAUUUUCUAUGCAUUACGAGGAACAAGCGCAUUCGGCGCUGUGUACACGGCAACUUUCGUGACCAUGUCUUGCCUGGCGUUAAAUUUUUUGGCGAAAAGCCAAUUUACGAGGGUGACAUUCUCAUUGACUACAGUGAGGUUGGAAAUCGUGACCCUGACUACAGUGACUCUUCCACUGAUGAAUCAGAAAGUGAAGAUGAAUCUGACUCUGACGACUACUCUCCCACUUCACUCUCUGGUGGUGGUGGUGGUGGUAACUUUGGCUGGACCUAUGUGGGCUCUGAGGGAAGGAGCCACAGAUCCAGCAGAUUGGAGGACCAGGAUUCUACUUCUACACCACCGACACCUAUAACUGAAAACUCUUUUCAACCGUUGGAAGAUGAUGAUGUGGAGCUGGUUGCAGAUGAAUCAAUUAGUGUUGUUGACGACAAAGAUACACUUCAGUCUGAGGACCAUAUAUUGCUCGAAGAUUCUGCUGUUGAUGAUGCUGAUUUGAGAUCGGUGAACUCCAACGUAGCUGGUCGCCCUGGCUCCGAAGAUACUAACGAAGAUUUUUCUCACGAAAAUUCAUUUUCUGAACAUAUGGUAAAGCUCCAGAAAGCCUUUGCUCCAGGAACUCAGUCGCCCUCAGUGAUGGCUCAUCAAACAAGUCCGGUGACUCUUCCCAAACAGCUACACAUUUUGGAUGAGGAUGACAGUGUGGAUCUUGCGCUGUCUGGAACUGCUGAACUUAUCCGCAAGGCUUCAGCUGUUGAAACCGCUAGCCAAUCUGGUGAUGACAAUCAGGAUGCGGUUGACUCAGAAACCAAUGAUGAAGACAUGGAUGGGUCUGUGGAACAUAUACUGGGUUUCGACGAAUUGGAAGACUCAUCAGAUUCUGAAUCUUCGUCUAGCGACGUUGUCAUGGAUUCCUCUACUAAGUUGGAGGAAGCUCCUGCGAGAGAUGUCGGGGUGCCGCAAGUUUUAGGUGACACUCAAGGUACUGCUACAAGCACAAAUAAUCCUGCCAGCAAUCAACUGGUUUUGGCGGCGGCGGAACUUGUACGGGCCACCACCGAGCUAGUACAAAAUACGACGUCAGCAAAUCGGUCUGCCAGAAUGGCUGAGGUGGGCAGUAGUAGGAAGAGGCAUCUAAAUUUAGCGAGAUUAAAAUCUGCGCUGGAACGUGCUGGUCAGCCAGAAAAUCGUCGUUUACAUGCCGGUAGGCGGAGCCAAGUGGCUGGCUCCUCAGGAAUACGGCAGGAGCUACCGGAGCUACCCCCAGCGCCCUCCUCUGAGAGGCUGUUGCUGGGAGCUGGUGGUUCUGAUACUGUUACUACUGCUGCAUCUGGAAGUGGCAGUGAACUGAGAGACUCUGCUGUGAAUGAUCGCCCACGCUUACCGCCUGCACCAUCUACUCAGAGGCUCCUGCUAGAGUAUGGGCGAGCAGGGGACGCUACAAGCUUUGGGGACAAUGCAAGCGACGUGCAGCACAGCUCCGUGCAACAAAAUCGACAUAUGCUACUUCCGGCUCCACCUUCGAGACGGUUGUUGUUGGCAGCUCCUCCUUCUUCUUCUGAACAUGAUUCGCAAACUGCUGGGCAAGUAGCUGUUCGACAAGCAAGCCAACACUCUGCUCCGGCAGAAGCCCAACAGCCUCUUGCUGAUACUGAAAGAAUUACUAGGUCUGCUGCGGGUGCUGCGGGUGCUGCGAAAGUGCCUGCUCCGUCGUCCAGACACCGUCAUCGAGAAGCUUCUCGGGACACAGUUGUUGUUAACAAAAGAUUGGCUGAUUUGAUUGAGCAAAAUGGCUAUUAUGUUCCUAACAGUGCACUUCAGCGGCUGGCGCGAAAAGAAAAUUCUUCAUUAAUUUUAAAUCGCACAAAUUUAAUUACCCGGCCUACUGAUAACCUUCCACUAAAAGUAUCCUCAGAAAAUUCGACUUCAAGCUCUUCACCAAGAUUGGAAAAUGAAGCCACGAAUGAUUCUCCUACAACACCUUCUACUCCUGCUUCUUUGUCCUCGGAAUCAUCUGCACAUUCGGUGCCAGUGGUUACUUCGCCAACCUCCUCUGCUGUGACGUCUCCCACAUUAGACAGCUCUUCUUCUCGUCGUGAUCAUCAAACCACUCCUCCCUCGUCUUCGAAUCGCAUGCUGAGCUUUAAGAAAUCUGCGAAAAGAAAUCGUUCUGCAAGCCCAACCACUACAGCAUCGGGCUUACUUUGGGGCUCUCGCUCCUCUGAUCGGCACAGUGAUAAACUGAAACUCUCGAACUCUGAGUCAGCUUUGGACUCGGAACCUAGGUCACUGCUACAUGGCUUGCCACCUCGUGAGCGUUCAACACUGAGAGCCCCACACGGCCACCUCCAGGGUACACCGGAUCUUAGAUUCAACCCCACUCCCGAUGCAGUUCCCUUUCUUUCUCACACUCACUCGGCAACACACAAUGUCCCUACUACUUCAACAUCAGUGGAUGAAGACUCAGUCGUUAGCACUGACUCGCCGUCCCACUCUCCCGCCUCCACACCCGAAAUUGAAGUUGAGGCUACAAGCGAUGAAAUCUUAACCGCAGCACCCUACAAUUCUGACUCCCAGGGCUCAUCAGAACACUUAGCUGACGGCAUUGAUUUCUUACAUGAAACUUUUGUUUCUUCGCCUGCUGAUGAUGAAAUUAUUUUUGUUGAUGAAUCGGCAAGCCCAUCAGGAGAUCCGUCUGCCGGGGCUGCCGACGAUGUCAUUGGCAUUGGCUGCAUCUACUCGAACUCUGAAGAACCAACUGUGAAAGCCCGCAUGGCGUCUGGAAGACUUGACACACUCAACGCUAUUAACAUUAAGCUUCCAAUUUUGAGAAAUGACAUCAAAGUGUCAGAAUCUAGCAAACCAGGUCUCUACUUUACGGCUCCUGAUGUGGAAAAUGUUAGAGCUCUUAUCAGCGACAGAGAUUGGGCCGAUCUUAAGGAUCGCCCUGCCUUCAUUCGAUUUCCGAAUGUGGGAGUGGCACUGCUCGACCCUGGCAAGAAGCUAAAAAGGGACCCACGGUCACUUGCGGAAGCCAACAACAGAGAAGAUAAGCGCUUCUGGUUUGAUGCGGCCUAUUCGGAAUUUGCUGCCAUUGAUGGAAAUCAUGUCUACCAAGUUGUGCCCCUCCCGGCGGGUCGCAAAGCCCUUGGCACCAAAUGGGUGCUGAAGAAGAAACUCAACACGGAUUCUGCUAAGACUUUUAAUUCAGCUUCACAUCCUUCGGAACAAACUGAUGUUGAGUGGGCAACAGAACUUCCAGUGCUGGCUGACUCGAAGGAUGAGGGUCCUUCAUUGACUCCUGAUGGUUCAAUUGACAAGUACAAGGCUCGUCUUGUUGUUCAGGGGUUUCGUCAGAAGUUUGGUGUUGACUAUGUUGACACCUUUGCGCCAGUGAUGAGAUUCAGCACUGUUCGUCUCAUUUUCGCCCUAAGUGCGGCGAAGAACUGCGAGAUGCACCACGUCGAUGUUAAAAAUGCUUUCUUGAAUGGAGAUCUAGAAGAAGACAUCUAUGUCAAGCCACCAACAGGAAUUGACCAUAAUACCCCUCCUGGCAUGGUCUGGAAGCUGAAUAAAAGCUUAUAUGGACUGAAGCAAGCCCCUCUGUGUUGGAACAAGAAGCUUGUUGACAAGUUGGAAGCACUAGGUUACAAAGCUGCCAAGAAAGAACCCUGUCUCUUUUACAAGAUUAAUGGCAAAGACUUCAGUAUUAUAGGUCUUUAUGUUGACGACAUCUUAACGGCGUCAAAUGUACCGGGAGAAUUCGAGCGUUUUUUCAAGGGCCUAUCUGGUUACUUUGCCAUCAAAGAUGAAGGUGGUGUUAACAAAUUCUUGGGAAUCAGAGUCCAGGACUCCGACAGGACAAUAUCUCUGGAUCUGGAACAUUAUAUUGCUGACAUGAUUGAGGUUUUCAAAUUGAGUAAUCAAACAGCUAAGUCGAUACCGUUGCCCAAGAAACAUGGCCUUGAUUUCCCACAGGGCCUCGAUGCUCGUCCAGCUAACCAAUCGCUGUAUCGCAGCAUUCUUGGCAAGCUACAGUUUGCUGCACAGACGGCCCGUCCGGACAUUGCCUACGCUACAGGCAAGCUUGCUCAGCACCAAGGACCUGGCAAUUGUCUAUCACAAAAUGUACCAGGGGCCUCUCCGCGGCUUCUGAGAGGCUGGUCAGAUGCCGAUUGGGCAAACGAUCCCGACAGGAAGUCUAUCUCAGGCUUUGCAUUCUCUCACGGUCCUUCAACCUUCUCUUGGAAGUCGGCCAAACAGAAGUUGACAGCAACUUCCACAACUGAGGCUGAGCUGAUUGCUGCUUUCUCUGCCACGUGUGAGGCAGUUUACUUCCGAGAUCUUUUGAAAGAACUUGGUGAAUCUCAACCAACGACUGUCAUCAUGGAGGACAACAAAGGUGUCCUGGAUCUCAUGAAGGACAGCAAACAUCACGAGCGGACUAAACAUAUUGAUACCAAGUACAUGCGCACCAGAGACCAUGUCAAAGCCGGCGAUACCCGUCUUGAAGCUGUUGCUUCAGCAGAUAAUGUGGCAGACAUUUUUACCAAAGCUCUGGCUAAGCCGCAGUUUUUAUAUUUGAGGAAUCUUCUGGGUAUGAGUACCCGUCCUCAAGUUGAGGGGGGAAAUGGACUUGAUGCAGUGCUCGUCUCGUCAAAUAAUACCUCCAUCGUUACGCCGCAGUCAUUUUCGAAGACUCGACGACGCAAAGAUCAAGAGAUUGAAUCUUGA